AUCUCCAGAGUCAGGCGCUGAGGUUUUCAUUGUCUUUGAUCUACAUCAUCUCCACCAUGAAGAUGCUGACCCUACCGAUCCUUCUUUGUGCUUUGCUGGCUCUGAGCAGCACUGCAGAUGCCCAAGAUGUAUCCGGAACUAAGGAACCUGUUCCAGAACAAACUGUGGAUGAGAUACCUGCUCCAGAAGCCCCACUUUUAGGAGAAGCUGGAAAUGAUACAGAUGCAUCAGGAAAGAGCGUGGUUAAGAGAGCGACUUCUUGUCCCGGUGGUUGGACGCUUUACAGGUCUCGCUGUUUCCUCUAUGUUUCUGCCAGCUACUACUGGGCCCAGGCUGAGAACUACUGUGUGAGCCUGGGUGGAAACCUUGCAUCUGUCCACAGUUCUGUUGAAUAUGAUUGGCUCAGAAACUUUAUCUACGGUAGGACUCGUAACUAUCCGCUGACCUGGAUCGGAGGCUCCGACGGUGAACAGGAGCGUAUGUGGUUUUGGAGUGAUGGCUCCCGCUUCAGCUAUAACUCCUGGUGCCCAGGAAUGCCGAGAACCACCACCAGUUAUAACUGCCUUGCUAUGAACAACUCAGCUUGCAGAUGCUGGUCGGACCUUCCCUGCAGUCAUCGAUACCCAUUCGUCUGCGUCAGGAAAUAAAGACCGGAAUUCAUGAAUAUACAUCCUGAAAAAAGCAUCUAACAUUCUUCCUUUUCUUGAUCUUUCUCCUAUUGCUGUAAUGCUAAGUGUGUGAAGCGACAAGCUAAAAAAAAACAGGUUGAAAGUCUCUUAGGUCAUGUGCUGAAGAGAAAACGCCAAGUGUUACAGAAAGAAGGCUUUUAGCAAAACUUACCUCUGCAGAGUAAACUGUACUUCCUUCUCUUUUGCCUAAUAAAGUUUCUGAAGCAUUGAAA